UGACAUUGACAGUUUGGUAACCUCAAAUCUAACAAUAAAUAUUUUUGUUUUUUAUUAAAAUUUGUCUCCUGAUUUCGCCGUAAAUUGUUUAAUUAAAUAAUGGGAUAGUGUCAGUGAACAGUGCAAGAAUGUUUCGUGCAUUUGAUGCAUGCUGUGAUAAUGACGAAGAUGUUUCUCCUCCUAAGUCACCAAGAAGAGAUCUUGGAAAUAGUUCAGAUGAAAAUUCCUGCCAAAUGAUUAUCGAUAAUUCUGAAAAUGUUUUGAAAAUAAUGAGGAAUUUAUACUAUCACAAAGAGAUGUGCGAUGUCUAUCUAAAGAUAAGCAACAAAGAGUAUGCUGCUCAUAGGCUAGUUCUUUGUGCUUCAAGUGACGUUUUUCAGGCUAUGCUUAUGAAACCAGAAUGGACUGAAUGGAGAGAAAGUAAAAUUGAACUAAAGGAAUUGCCACAAUGUGAAAAUGUUUUUCACUUAUUUUUGGAGUACCUCUACACUGGUAGAAUUCUUAUUACCCAUACAAAUGUUAUUGCAAUUUUAGCCCUUGCAGAUAAAUAUAUAGUAAAGAGCUUAACAAGAUUAUGUCUUAACUAUAUGAGCAAGCAUAUACCACAUGCUGCUAAUCAUAAUCAGCUUUUUUCCUGGCUUCAAUAUGCUUUAAAUUGUGGUCAUAAAGAAGUUGCUAUCAUGUGUCAAAACUAUAUAAAAUGGAACUUUGAAGCUGUAGCAAACACACCAGACUUCAGUAAUUUUGAACCAGAAAUAUUCAGUAAUUUAUUACAACAAAACGAUUUGCUCAUUUAUAAUGAAAUGGUUCUGUUCAAUUGCGUCUCAAGAUGGUUAGAUUUGCAAGAGAUUCGCUUGAAACAGUUGGGUUUAGAACAGAAUGAAGUUGACAAACAUAUGCUAAAUUUAGUAGAAUCAAUAAUGCAAUCAAUUAGAUUUACAAUGAUGUCACCUGCAGAACUUGCAGAUUUAAUUUUACUGCCGCUCGUGAAACGAUACAGUUCGUUUUUUUUGGAUAAAAUGGCUUUAGGAAUGGCUUAUCAUUUUGGUACACUUAAAGGAGACAAGGAAAUCGACCCAGUGCAAUUCACGCCGAGGCUUUACACUUGUGACAGAUACAGCACAAUACUCUCCAUAGAAAAGGUGAGAGAUUUACCGAGUUAUCAUGUUUCAACGUUUGUAUUUUCAACUCACAUGUCUACUUGUGAAUCCGACUCUGAUAAGAUAAGCGAGUGGACUGUUGACGUUUAUCCAAAAGGUGUGUGGUUUAAGAAAUGUUUAUUGAUAGUGUGGCAAGGUACUCUGGAAGUUCCAGAAGAAAUUAAACCCACAGUUAGGUUAUCACUGACAUGUAGGGAACCAAAAAAAGAAGACUUUAAAGUUCGUGUUGGAAUACUUCUUUAUGGAUUACAAGGAGGUGUUCAACACGUACUGCAAGUGGUGGAAAAAGAGUGUUAUUUCAACCCGACAAAUAAAAUUAUGGUAGUUGAUGAUCUCCUGCCAUUUGAAGAACUCAAUCCACCGACAAGUAAAAGCCACAAAUAUAGGAGUCCAUACCUUAUAGGUUCGGAUCAAAAUGAACUGAAAAUAAAUCUAAUUAUAACGCCACUUUCAUCAUUAUAAUUUUGAAAGGAAUUAUACCCAUUUAGUUGUUUUUUGCUUAGUGUAUAGAGUGUAAGAUCUAAAAUUUGUUAUGAAUAAAACAAAUAAUUUUAUUAGUUUUUAUAAAAUAUUUUUUGUUUUAUUCACAAAAUUAUGUUUAUUGCAACUUCAAACAAGUAUUCAAUAAUCAAAAAUAUAUUUAAGUCUCUUAAAAAACGUUAAGUAAAAAAGUAUCGUUACUGAAUUUAUAAUAUAAAUGAGUACAUAUUAUACAAAAGUAAUGCUGAUUAAAAAAGUAGAAGUAUGAAAAAAGG